ACAAAAAAAAAGAAAGGAUUUGUCGAUUUAAUCUCUAGGUUUAUGCUUGUACGUGAGCUAGAACAUAACACAAACGGACCAAUUAGGAACGUGAUUAGCUCCUCUCUCUCACUUGAGUUUCCGUUAUGACCGUUGGGGAUGAGUUUUAGCGGGAACCUAACUAACUUCUUGAACGUUAUUAAAGAAUCAAGAGAACAAAAAAAAGAACACUCUGAAUUUGGCUCGCGUCUUAUAUUAAUCGGCAAGAUAAGUUCCUCUCUCUCUCACUCAGCCACUACGUGUCUUCUUCAUCUCGACGGUGCCUAACUUCUUGAAUCAACACAGCUUAGAAGAAGAGAUGAGCUUGUAUAAGGAUAUAAUGUGGAACCUUCCAGGAUUCUCCAAAACUGCCAAAGACGAGAAAGAAGAAGAGAGCAUGAAGAGAAUCUUCCACCUCUUCCCCAAAAGAAAAAGAUCCCUUCGAAGUCCCCCCAACAAGAAACACUCUCCUCCUCCCCUCUCAAAACUCCCCAUAAAGAAACGAACUGUUUACCAAUACACCACCACCACGAAGACUCCUCAAUGGAUCCGCCGCUUGAAGAAAGACAUGAACAUAGCCGACGACCCCUUCCUCCUCGCGGAGAAGCCUCUCGACCUCGACGACGUGGAUCCAGACCAAAACCGUCUCUCCAUCCCUUUCCAGAGCCUAAAGCGAAACGACUUCUUGACGUGCGACGAGGGGGUGAUUCUUGGAGACGAAAGGGUCAACAACGAUGGGAGGAUUGGUGUGGCUGCGUGUCUCGUUGAUCAAAGGAAUAAACAGUGGAAGAUGGUUUUGAAGAAGUGGGUUCGUGUGUCUGAUUCAGGGAAAGUCCUCCAGAGUUUUCUGUUGAGUGGUGCAUGGAGCGACGUCGUUGAGGCUAAUGGGUUGAGAGAUGGAGACAACAUCAGUCUAUGGUCUUUCAGGCUCAAUGGGUUCCUCUUCUUUGCUCUUGACUUUGCAGGUGACUCCAUUGACUUCUUAGAGUAAGUUAAGGGGAGUGUUACUGGAUCAUACUAGGGUUUAUGGGAUCAUAUAGUCUUUUUUAAUGUUUCUCUUUCGAUACUGCUCAAAGAUGAAACUUGGUUCACACACAAGCUUAAGGCGUUUGCUUUGUGUUUUUGACGAUGAAGGUUCUGUUUAAAUGAAUUGUAUACUUUUGAUAUUACUCUGCUUUGUUGCUUGAUCCACACGACACAUAAGUCUAUUUUUCAGCAAACUCCAAUCUAUUCAAAGUUAAAACACGUUUCAAGAGGAUCUUGAGUUCCUCUUGAAGCUCAAUCAUUCAGAAUCAUUAUCUACUUUUGCAUAACCAUCUAACUUCAGGGCAUUCUACAGUUUUUGGUCUAGUAACUUUUCUUGCAAGUGUAAUAUACAAACUUAGGGUUCAAAUGGGAUUGUGAUCUCUGUAUAAUUAGUAACAUGUCCUUUUUUUUUUUGUUUCAGAUCUUUUACUAUUGUAUG